CGUGCGGCUGGGAGACCGAGCGGUUGCCCAGCGCAGGAGGGGGAAGCCGGGCCUCUCGGAGUGCCUCACAGCAUCUUUUCCCAGUUGGAGUUAAAAAGCAGAAUGGAUAAAGCUAAGAAGGAAUUGAAAAGUUCAUUGGGGAGGAGCCCCUACCCUCCUCAUCCCAGCUCAAUGUCAAAUUCCACCCCAGGAACCAGCUCAACCCCGGCAGAUAGCAGCUAUAGAACAUUCAACAGGAAAUAUCCAUUGAUUAAAGAACGGGGAUUUUAUUCUGACGUCCUUACACCAGGAGCUUCAGAUCUCUUGGGGGAUGUGAGUGCUGGUCCCACUGUGUACAAGGACUUGCUGAGGCAGUCAGAACUUGAGGAGCACACACCAAAAGUCACAACAUUUGAUACGCCUGAGAAUAUUGGGCUUAUCUUGGACAGUCAACAGAUUGGACCGACGACAGAAAUUAUCAAAGAGUCAGACUUUCCAUUGCAAUCCUAUAAGCCAAAAGUACAAGUUCCCUUUGAGGUGCUUCCAGGACAGUGCCCUCGGAAGAUUGAGAUUGAGAGGAGAAGACGAUUAUAUCUCAGCCUAGAUAUUGCUCUGCUGUUAGAGAAUGCAGGGAUAGAUUCCAAUGAGUUGAUGCCAAGACACCAAGACCCUGCCAAUAUGCCAACUAUUGAAGAGAAGAAAGACCCUCUCUUUCCCAUCUAUCUCCCCUUACAGGUUUUUGAUGAUGAAGAAUAUGAUUGCCGGACUCCAGAAGAGUGGCUCUUAUUGGGGGUGGAGCCUGAAUCUGAGGACAGGAAACCAGUUCCAGGAAAAGCACUCCUUCCUACAGAUGAUGUGCUGGGGCAUGUUGAUCCCAAAAGCCACUACCUGAAAUAUAAGUGGAUAAAUGUUGGUGUCUUGGAUUAUGACAAAGAGACAAAACUGUACUUGGUACAUAAGACAAACCAGAUGGGCCUGGUCCGGGACCAAGAAGGGAGACGUAUACUAAAUGGAGGAAUGACUGAAGAAGGGAGAGCCCCACUGAUGCCCAGACAGUAUUGGGUGCCCCGAGUCCAUUUGCUUUUUCUCGCAGAGGACCCUCGUGUUUUUGCCCAGCGAGUGAUUUCCGCCCAUAACUUGCGGAAGAAAACGCAGGCACUAUUGUUGUAUAAUCUCUAUGUAGACUGUAUGCCUGUGGAUGGGAUGCAAAAUAUUGAAGAGAAGAGUUUGCAACAGAUGAAGCAGAUGGCAAUGGAAACAUCACGUCUGAGGAAAGGGAGUUACGUUUUAGAUCAUCUGCAUCUCCUGGGAAAGGAAGUGUCCCUAGACUUUGAACGUACCAUGAACAAGAUUAACUUUGACAGAAUUGUGAGUGCCAAGCCUCAGACAUUCUCUUAUGUCACUCUGCCUGAGAAAGAAGAAGAGAAGGUGCCAGAGAAGGGUCUAAUUGAGGUCCCAGAAUACCCAUUCAAUGAGCAAAGAGAAGCUUUUACCUUCAUCUCCCUGCUAACAAGACCAGAAGUAAUUAUGGCUUUGGUCCAGGUGCGGGGCGAGUGCAAUAGAACAGCAGCAAUGUCACUGUUCCAUUCAACCCUGACUAAGUAUGGCCGACUAGAAGAGUUUGAACAGAUCCAGACACAGACCUUUUCUCAGGUUUCAAUGUUCCUCAAGGAUACUUGGAUCAAUACUCUAAAGAUAGCAGUGAGAAGCAGUCUGAGGGACAUAGGCAAAGGCUGGUACAACCUAUAUGAGACCAAGUGGGAGGUAUACCUGAUGUCCAAGCUUCGUCAACUCAUGGAGCUUAUCAAGUUUAUGUUGCAGGACUCCUUGCGUUACCUAGUCCAGGAUUCACUGGCCAACUUCACCCAGCUAUUUGUGGACUCCUGCUACACAGUUCUGAAUUGCCCUGAGAAUAUGGACUGGGGAGAUGACCUUGUUAACAGCCCGUACAAGCCACGAAAAAACCCACUGUUCAUAAUUGAUCUGGUUUUGGACCAUGUCGGAGUACAUUUCAGCACACCCUUGGAGAACUUUGAAACAACACUUGUUUCUCUGUUUAAUAAAGGGAUCCUGGCUACCCAUACCAUACCACAGCUGGAGAAAUAUGUGCUUGAAAACAUGUUCAUCUGUGGCAUACCGUUAUUGGAGUCCGUGGGCCUGCAUGAGCCAGCUGUGGAAGAACUGCGCAAUACUAUCUGCACAUGCAUCCGUAAGGCACUAAUCCCACUCCAGGCAUAUGCCAAGAAUUAUAAAAAAUACUUAGAACUGAAUAACCGUGAUAUCCACAGCCUACUAAAGGGAUAUGAAAUCCAAUGUCCCCCUGCUCAAGAAGUGAGAGAGAUCGUAAACAAGCAUUUGGCAGAAAAGGAGAUGCUGGACAACAGUUUGCCAAGCUAUGUGGUCAUUGGUCCCUUCUAUCUCAGUGUUGAAGCUGUAAGACAAAACCUCUCCAAGAAGUGCAAAGCUUUGGCCACCUCUAUGCUGGACAUACUGGCCAAGAACUUACACAUCCAAGUGGAAGAUAUCUGUGAAGCCUUCAAAGCCAUCAGUCGGAAAAUUUAUGAAAAACCCAACAGUAUUGAGGAGCUGGCUGAGCUGCGGGAGUGGAUGAAAGGAAUCCCUGAAAAGCAGAAAGCACAGGAGGAGUUGAUAAGUAAGGUCAUGGAAGAAUAUGAAGUCAUGGAGGAAUUCCUUUACAAUUUGACUCAAGAUGACUUCAAUGACAAAUGGGCUGCAAGCAAUUGGCCUCAGAAGAUCACCACACAGAUUGAACUGAUUCGGCAGCAGCAUGUGGAAGAUGAGGAAAGGUUCCGCAAAAUUCAGCUCAUGGAUCAAACCAAUUUCCUGGAACGACUGGAUGGCCUUCAGAUUGCUGUGGCUGGGUUUUCUGCACACUCAGAUAUUACUCGGGCCCAUGAGAUAGCUAAUGAAGCAAGAAGGAUCAGGAAGCAUUUGAAGGACUCCCAGCAAAUGGCACUACUCUACAACAACAGAGAGCGAAUUUUUGGCACACCAGUGACUAAUUAUGAUAAGUUGAACAGGAUGGUUAAGGACUUUCAGCCAUUCUAUGAUCUCUGGACCACAGCAUCCGACUGGCUUCGCUGGGCUGACAGCUGGAUGAAUGACCCUCUGACUGCCAUUGAUGCAGAGCAGCUGGAGAAAAAUGUCAACGAGUCCUUUAAGACAAUGCACAAGUGUGUGAAACAAUUCAAGGAUAUUCCAGCAUGCCAAGAGGUGGCUUUGGAAAUCCGGGGCAAAAUUGAAGAGUUCAAACCAUACAUACCCCUGAUUCAAGGCCUACGUAACCCCGGUAUGCGGAACCGUCAUUGGGAGUUGCUUUCUGAGGAGAUCAAAAUCAAUGUGAAGCCCAAGGCCAAUCUGACAUUUGCACGUUGUUUGGAGAUGAAGCUUCAGGAUCACAUUGAGAGCAUAGCCAAAGUAGCAGAGAUUGCUGGGAAGGAGUACUCCAUUGAGAAUGCCUUGGAUAAGAUGGAACAUGAAUGGGAAUCCAUCCUCUUCAAUGUUGUUCCCUACAAAGCAACAGAAACAUUUAUUUUGAAGAGCCCUGAUGAAGCUUCUCAGCUUUUGGAUGAUCACAUUGUCAUGACCCAAAGCAUGUCCUUCUCACCAUUUAAGAAGCCAUUUGAAGAAAGGAUCAACACAUGGGAAAAUAAGCUGAAGAUGACCCAGGAUGUCUUGGAGGAGUGGCUGACCUGUCAGCGUUCCUGGCUGUAUCUGGAACCCAUUUUCAGCUCAGAAGACAUCAAUAGGCAACUGCCAGUGGAAAGCAAACGCUACCAAACUAUGGAGAGGAUGUGGAAAAAGAUCAUGAAGCAUGCCGAUGAGAACAGAGAGGUGAUUAAUGUAUGUCCUGAUCCCAGGCUGCUGGAAAAGCUGCGGGAAUGUAAUAAACUACUGGACCUUGUACAGAAAGGUCUAAGUGAAUACUUGGAGACCAAGAGAGGAGCUUUCCCAAGAUUUUACUUCCUUUCUGAUGAUGAACUGUUAGAAAUACUGUCUCAGACCAAAGACCCUACAGCUGUGCAACCUCAUCUCCGCAAGUGUUUUGAGAAUAUUGCACGGCUACUCUUUCAGGAAGAUCUCAAAAUUACGCACAUGUACUCUGCAGAAGGUGAAGAAGUGAAGCUAUACCGUUCCAUUUAUCCUACGGGCAAUGUGGAGGACUGGCUGCUGGAAGUUGAGAAGAUCAUGAAGGCCAGUGUGCGUGACAACAUUGAAAGAGCAAUCAAGGUUUAUCCAAAAACACCACGAACUAAAUGGGUCUUAGACUGGCCAGGCCAAGUGACCAUUGCUGGAUGUCAAACAUUCUGGACAAAAGAAGUUUCAGAGGCCCUGGAAGCUGGAGAUUUGUCCACCAGGUUGUUUCCACAGCUAAGUGCUCAGCUGAGUGAUCUAGUUGCACUUGUGCGAGGGAAGCUGACUCGGAUGCAGAGAGGGGUGUUAUCUGCUCUUAUUGUAAUUGAAGUCCAUGCCAAGGAUGUGGCAGCUAAACUCAUUGAGGAGAAUGUCAUGAGCGAGAAUGAUUUUGAAUGGAUUUCCCAACUCAGGUACUACUGGACAAGAGAUGAUUUGUACAUCCGGGCAGUGAAUGCUGAAUUUAUCUAUGGUUAUGAAUACUUGGGCAACAGUGGGCGCCUGGUGAUCACACCUCUCACUGACCGGUGCUACCUGACACUUACUGGAGCUUUGCACUUGAAAUUUGGAGGUGCCCCUGCAGGACCAGCUGGAACAGGCAAAACAGAAACAACAAAGGAUCUGGGAAAAGCUUUAGCUAUUCAGACUGUGGUGUUUAAUUGCUCUGAUCAGCUCGACUUCAUGGCAAUGGGAAAAUUCUUGAAAGGACUAGCCAGCUCUGGAGCCUGGGCUUGCUUUGAUGAGUUCAACCGCAUUGACAUUGAAGUGUUGUCUGUAGUAGCCCAGCAGAUCACAACAAUUCAGAAGGCUCAGCAGCAGAGGGUAGACCGCUUCAUGUUUGAAGGAGCUGAGAUCCCUCUGGUUCCGUCUUGUGCAGUCUUUAUCACAAUGAACCCUGGUUAUGCUGGACGCACUGAAUUACCUGACAACUUAAAGGCUCUCUUUCGUCCUGUGGCUAUGAUGGUUCCAGAUUACUCUAUGAUUGCUGAGAUUUCUCUGUAUUCCUUUGGGUUCAAUGAAGCCAAAGUUCUGGCAAAGAAGAUAACAACCACAUUUAAAUUGUCUUCUGAACAGCUCAGUUCUCAGGACCACUAUGACUUUGGAAUGAGAGCAGUGAAGACUGUGAUUUCAGCUGCCGGCAACCUCAAAAGAGAAAAUUCAACAAUGAAUGAGGAACUGAUUUGCCUAAGGGCCAUUAAGGAUGUCAAUGUUCCUAAGUUCUUGCAGGAUGACCUUAAACUCUUCAAUGGUAUAAUUUCUGACCUGUUUCCUAUGAUCGUAGAGGAACAUAUUGACUAUGGCAUCCUGGAGGAAGCAAUUCACAGAUGUUGUCUCAAAGACAACUUGAAGGAUGUUGAUGGUUUUGUGACAAAGUGUAUCCAGCUGUAUGAAACUACUGUAGUGCGGCAUGGACUCAUGCUGGUGGGGCCCACAGGCUCUGGGAAAAGUAAGUGCUAUAGAGUUUUGGCAGCUGCAAUGACAUCUUUGAAAGGUCGGCCUUCAGUCAGUGGUGGAAACUAUGAAGCUGUCAAAUAUUAUGUACUGAAUCCCAAAUCUAUUACAAUGGGCCAGCUGUAUGGAGAGUUUGACUUGUUAACUCAUGAAUGGACAGAUGGGAUUCUUCCUGCUCUUAUCCGUGUAGGAGCCAUAGCCACAGACACCAACAAGAGAUGGUACAUGUUUGAUGGUCCAGUUGAUGCAGUUUGGAUUGAAAAUAUGAAUACUGUGCUGGAUGACAACAAGAAGUUGUGUCUUAGCUCUGGUGAAAUUAUUAAGCUAACAGAGGCCAUGACCAUGAUGUUUGAAGUGCAAGAUUUAGCUGUUGCCUCCCCCGCUACUGUUUCCCGAUGUGGCAUGGUAUACCUAGAGCCCAGCAUUUUGGGACUCAAGCCCUUCACUGAAUGCUGGUUGAAGAAAAUUCCAGACAUUAUGAAGCCAUACACAGAGAAGCUGGAAUCCCUUUUCAACAGAUUCCUAGAGGAAUCCAUCAGAUUUCUUCGGAAUUCUUUGAAGGAAAUCAUUGCUUCUACAGAUGCUAAUCUGACAAUGAGUCUUCUAAAGUUACUGGACUGUUUCUUCCACCCCUUCAUUCCUGUUGAGGGAAUGAAAAAAAUUCCCCCAGAGAAGACCGCCCGUAUUGGUGAGGUGAUUGAAUCCUGGUUCAUAUUCGCUUUGCUCUGGAGUGUAGGUGCAACUGGGGAUGCCCAAAGCCGCCUAUCCUUCAGCACUUGGUUAAGGGCGAAGAUGUCGAGUGAGAAAAUAAGCAUCCCGUUUCCAGAAGAGGGGUUGGUCUAUGACUAUAAAUUGGAUGAUGCUGGAAUAAGCAGCAUUGAGGAAGAGGAUGAUGAAGAAAUUGAAAAGAUGGUGCACUGGGUGAGCUGGAUGGAUUCCUCUACAGAGUUUACUAUGGUGCCUGAAACCAGCUUUUCUGACAUUAUCGUUCCCACAAUGAACACUGUCCAGAUGGCACAACUCUUGGAAAUGUUACUCAUCAACAACAAACCGGUUCUUUGUGUUGGUCCCACUGGGACUGGGAAGACCCUCACCAUUGCCGACAAGCUUCUAAAGAACCUGCCACUAGAAUAUAUCAGCCACUUUCUGAUGUUUUCUGCACGAACCUCAGCCAACCAGACUCAAGACCUUAUUGACAGCAAGCUGGAUAAAAGGCGCAAGGGAGUCUUUGGCCCUCCACUUGGCAGAUAUUUCAUAUUUUUCAUUGAUGACCUGAACAUGCCAGCCCUAGAGACCUAUGGUGCACAGCCGCCCAUUGAGCUUCUCCGGCAGUGGAUGGAUCACAAAGGCUGGUACGAUAGGAAACAGAUUGGUACAUUUAAGAAGCUUGUGGAUAUUAACUUUGUCUGUGCCAUGGGACCACCUGGUGGAGGACGAAAUGCCAUCACACCACGCCUCACCCGCCAUUUCAACUAUCUGUCAUUCACUGAGAUGGAGGAUAGCAGCAAGAAGAAAAUCUUCUCCACUAUUCUAGGCAGCUGGAUGUCUGGACGCCUUGGAGAAUCGGUAUACAGAGAUCCAGUCCCUGGAUGCCCUAAAGUGGAGGAUCUGAAUGUACCCUUGGUGUCUGCGACUAUAAGAGUAUAUUCGACCAUCACAUCUCAACUGUUGCCUACUCCCGCAAAGUCUCAUUAUACAUUUAAUUUGAGGGAUCUCUCCAAAGUUUUCCAGGGGAUGCUUGUGGCAGAACCAGCCAAAAUUGAGGACAAACUUACCCUGCUGAGGCUGUGGUACCAUGAGAGUUGCCGUGUGUUCUGUGACCGCCUGGUGAAUGAAGAGGACCGAAUUUGGUUUGAUGACCUGAUGAAGAGCGUGAUGUUAGAAUGGGGAACCACCUUGGAUGAAGUUGUUCCUUUCCAGCCCCUUCUUUAUGGGGAUUUCAUGAUGCCAGGUGCUGAUGUAAAGCUAUAUGAACUGAUUGAUGACAAAGACAAGCUUAUGCAUGUGAUUGAGGAGUACAUGGAGGAGUACAAUCAGAUCAAUACCACCAAAAUGAAGUUAGUUCUCUUCAUGGAUGCGAUGAAGCACAUUUGCCGUAUCACUCGUAUUCUGCGCCAGUCCCUGGGCAAUGCUCUUCUCUUAGGUGUUGGUGGCAGUGGAAGGCAAUCUCUCACCAAGCUGGCUUCUCACAUAGCUGAUUAUGAAUGUUUCCAGAUUGAACUUUCAAAGAACUAUGGAAUAACCGAGUGGCGAGAUGACAUCAAAAAAAUCAUGCUGAAAGCUGGUCUGCAGUGCUUGCCCAUUACGUUUCUGUUCACAGACACACAGAUUAAAAGUGAAUCUUUUCUUGAGGAUAUCAACAACCUGCUGAACUCGGGAGAUAUUCCCAACCUGUAUGCCCCAGAUGAACAGGAUCAGAUUAUGACCACUAUGAAGCCUAUUGUUCAGGACCAGGGGCUUCAACCUACCAAGGCCAACAUGAUAGCUGCGUACACAGGGAGAGUACGCAGUAAUAUCCAUACAGUCCUAUGCAUGAGUCCCAUAGGAGAGGUGUUCCGAGCACGACUCAGACAAUUUCCAUCUCUAGUGAACUGCUGUACCAUUGACUGGUUUAACGAAUGGCCUUCAGAAGCCCUUGAGUCUGUUGCUGCUUCCUUCUUCCAUGACAUGCCAGACCGUGAAGCCACCCCUGAAGUUUUAGAGGGAAUGAUUCAGAUGUGUGUAGAAAUCCAUCAGAGUGUAGCACACAAGUGCAAGGACUAUCUGGCAGAACUGGCAAGACAUAAUUAUGUCACUCCCAAGAGCUACCUGGAGCUGCUCGGCAUUUUCACCACCUUAAUAGAUAAAAAGAAACAGGAACUCAGAGUUGCCAAAGAGAGGAUGAAGAGUGGACUGGACAAGCUUUUGCGUACAGCAGAAGAUGUUGCAAAAAUGCAGGAAGAGUUAGAAUUAGCACGCCCCCAGCUGGCAAAAGCUGCUGAAGAACAGCUGGUGACCAUGGAACAAAUACAGGUAGACACAGCUACAGCUGAAGAGACACGAAAUGAUGUGCAAGCAGAAGAAAUGAAAGCUAAAGGGAAAGCUCAGAAAGCUCAGGCUAUUGCUGAUGAUGCCCAAAAAGACCUGGCAGAAGCCCUCCCUGCUCUGGAUGCUGCCCUUGGAAGCCUAAGGAACCUCAACAAAAAUGACAUUACUGAGGUACGAGCAAUGCAACGGCCUCCAGUUGGGGUGAAAAUGGUGAUUGAAGCAGUCUGCAUUAUGAAGGGAGUCAAGCCCAAAAAAGUGGCAGGAGAGAAGCCAGGCUCUAAGAUAGAUGACUAUUGGGAGCCUGGGAAAGGUCUUCUUCAGGACCCAGGGAAAUUUCUUGACAGCCUGUUUAAAUAUGAUAAGGAUAACAUUGCAGAUUCAGUGAUUAAAUUUAUCCAGCCGUAUAUCGACAGUGAUGAAUUCCAGCCAGCAGCCAUAGCCAAAGUGUCCAAAGCCUGCACCUCUAUCUGCCAGUGGGUCAGGGCUAUGCAUAAGUACCACUUUGUGGCAAAAGCUGUAGAGCCAAAGCGCCAAGCCCUGAGGGAAGCUGAAGAAGACUUGCAGGCCACACAGAAGGUCCUUGAUGAGGCCAAGGAACGCCUGCGAGAAGUGGAGGAGGGCAUUGCCCAUCUUCAGGCCAAAUACAGAGGCACCUUAGCCACAAAAGAGGAACUGGAGAUGAAAUGUGAACAGUGUGAGCAGAGACUGGGGCGGGCUGACAAGUUAAUUAAUGGCCUGGCUGAUGAAAAGGUGCGCUGGCAGGAAACAGUUCAGAACCUGGAUUAUAUGAUCAACAAUAUUGCAGGAGAUGUGCUGGUUUCAGCUGGCUUCGUGGCAUACCUGGGUGCUUUUACGGGCCAAUACCGCAUAUCACUUUGUGAGGAAUGGAUUGAGAAGCUGGAGUUGUGCUGUGUUCCACACACCAAGGAACCAAACCUGAUAGCUACUCUUGGAGACCCCGUGAAAAUCCGAUCGUGGCAGAUUGCUGGUCUACCCAAUGAUACCUUGUCAGUGGAGAAUGGAAUGAUAACACAGUUCUCUCAGCGUUGGACUCUUUUCAUAGAUCCCCAGGGACAAGCCAAUAAGUGGAUAAAAAACCUGGAGAAAGACAGUGGAUUAGAUACAGCUAAGCUCAGUGACCGGGACUUCCUGCGCAGCUUGGAGAAUGCUAUUCGUUUUGGGAAGCCAUUCCUCCUGGAGAACGUAGGGGAAGAAUUGGAUCCAGCUCUUGAACCCGUCUUGCUGAAGCAGACAUACAAGCAGCAAGGCAGCACAGUGCUGAAGCUGGGGGACACAGUGAUUCCAUAUCAUGAUGAUUUCCAGUUGUACAUCACCACCAACCUACCCAAUCCCCACUACACACCAGAGCUAUCCACCAAGCUUACGCUGAUUAACUUCACCCUUUCCCCCAGUGGCUUAGAGGACCAGUUGCUAGGCCAAGUAGUGGCUGAGGAGCGGCCUGACUUGGAAGAGGCUAAGAAUCAGCUGAUCGUCAGUAAUGCCAAGAUGCGACAGGAACUGAAGGAGAUAGAGGAUCAGAUCCUGUACCGUCUAAGCUCCUCUGAGGGGAAUCCAGUGGAUGAUUUGGAGCUCAUCAAAGUGUUGGAAGCAUCCAAGUUGAAAGCAGGGGAGAUCCAGGCUAAAGUGAAGGCAGCUGAGCAGACAGAGAAGGAUAUUGAUAUCACUCGGAUGGAGUAUGUGCCUGUGGCUGUCCGCACCCAGAUCCUUUUCUUCUGUGUCUCAGACCUGGCCAAUGUUGACCCCAUGUACCAGUAUUCAUUAGAAUGGUUCCUCAACAUAUUCCUGACAGGAAUUUCAAACUCAGAGAGAGCAGACACACUGAAGAAGCGGAUUGUAAAUAUCAACAAGUACCUCACCUUCAGCCUCUACAGUAAUGUAUGCCGCAGCCUGUUUGAGAAGCACAAGCUCAUGUUUGCAUUUCUGGUGUGUAUCCGGAUCAUGAUGAAUGAAGGCAGGAUUGACAUGGAUGAAUGGCGAUACCUUAUCUCUGGUGGUGCCGUUAAGGUCAUGCGAGAGAAUCCAGCUCCUGUGUGGCUGUAUGAAAGAGCAUGGAAUGACAUCUUGGCCUUAAGCAACCUGUACAAUUUUUCCAGCUUUGCAGAUGACUUUGUGUCAAAUCUAUAUGCCUUCCGGAAAAUUUUUGACAGUGCUGAACCACACAGGGAGCCUCUGCCUGGCAAAUGGGACAGUAUAUUGGAUCCCUUCCAGAAGUUGCUGGUCCUCCGCUGUCUCCGAGGAGACAAAGUCACCAAUGCAAUGCAGGACUUUGUGUCUGAAAACUUGGGGCAGAGCUUUAUUGAGCCACAAACUGCAAAUCUCUCUCUGGUGUUCAAGGAGUCUGCAUCUACUACCCCUUUGAUAUUCGUCCUUUCCCCAGGCACAGACCCAGCAGCUGAUCUCUACAAAUUUGCUGAAGAAAUGAAGUUCUCUAAGAAGCUCUCUGCUAUUUCUCUUGGCCAGGGACAAGGUCCACGUGCAGAGGCCAUGAUGCGCAAUGCUAUGGAGCGGGGAAAAUGGGUCUUCUUCCAGAAUUGCCACCUGGCUCCAAGCUGGAUGCCUUCUUUGGAGAGACUCAUUGAAGGCAUCAACCCUGACAAGGUGCACCGUGACUUCCGACUUUGGCUCACCAGUUUGCCUAGUAACAAGUUUCCAGUGUCCAUCCUCCAGAAUGGAUCCAAGAUGACCAUUGAACCCCCACGAGGAGUGAAGGCAAAUCUGCUGAAGUCUUACGUUAGCCUGAACAAUGACUUCUUGAACUCCUGCUCCAAGAUCUCUGAGUUCAAAGCCUUGCUCCUCUCCCUCUGCCUCUUCCAUGGGAAUGCGCUGGAAAGAAGGAAGUUUGGGCCACUGGGGUUCAACAUUCCAUAUGAGUUCACGGAUGGAGACCUGCGCAUCUGCAUCAGCCAGCUGAAGAUGUUCCUGGAUGAAUACGAAGACAUUCCCUACAAGGUUCUGAAGUAUACUGCUGGGGAGAUUAACUAUGGAGGCCGAGUGACUGAUGAUUGGGAUAGGCGCUGCAUUAUGAAUGUUUUAGAAGAUUUCUACAACCCAGAUGUUCUAAUUCCAGAGUUUAGUUAUUCAGAAUCUGGAAUCUACAAGCAGAUUAAUACCACUUAUGACCUUAAUGGAUACAUCCAGUACAUCAAGGGCCUACCUAUUAAUGAUAUGCCUGAGAUAUUUGGAUUGCAUGACAACGCAAACAUCACUUUUGCGCAGAAUGAGACCUUUGCGCUACUUGGGGCCAUUAUUCAACUUCAGCCAAAGACAUCGACUGCAGGAGGGCGAAGCAGGGAAGAGAUUGUGGAAGAGACUUCAAGGGACAUAUUGGAGAAAGUGCCUUCGCCCGUUGACUUGCACGAAGUCAUGCUGAAAUACCCUGUGCUGUACGAGGAGUCCAUGAACACUGUUCUGGCACAGGAGGUGAUCAGGUACAAUCGCUUACUGGAAGUAAUUGCAGUGAGUUUAAAAGAUCUGCUGAAAGCUCUCAAAGGCCUUGUGGUGAUGUCAUCCCAGCUAGAACUGAUGGCCAACAGCUUGUACAACAAUAUUGUCCCAGAGAUGUGGAAUAGUAAGGCAUACCCUUCCCUGAAGCCCUUGGCCUCCUGGGUGAACGACCUCUUGCUGCGCAUUGACUUCCUGCACAGGUGGAUUGCUCAAGGGAUCCCCCCAGUCUUCUGGAUCAGUGGCUUCUUCUUCCCCCAGGCUUUUUUAACAGGGACUUUGCAGAAUUUUGCAAGGAAGAGUGUCAUAUCCAUAGACACCAUCUCUUUUGACUUUAAGGUGAUGAAAGAGUCUGCCAAUGAACUAACUAAGCGCCCUCUUGAGGGUUGUUAUAUCCAUGGCUUAUUCCUGGAAGGGGCUCGGUGGGACUCCAUGUACUUUCAACUCUCAGAGUCACGGCCCAAGGAGCUAUACACAGAAAUGGCAGUCAUCUGGUUAGUUCCUGUGCCCAAUCGCAGACCUCCGACCACAGGCGUCUAUCUAUGCCCCAUCUACAAGACCCUUACUCGGGCAGGGACACUAUCAACAACUGGCCAUUCUACUAAUUAUGUGGUUGCUGUAGAAAUCCCCAGCCGCAGACCUCAGAGGCACUGGAUCAAACGAGGUGUUGCCUUGAUCUGUGCCUUGGACUUCUAAGUACUGAAACAGCCUGAAGAACAUUAAAGCUAUAAGGAGAAUCGAUUCAGCUGAUCUGCAGCAUUGGACGUGUUUGAAUCCCCUCUGUAGAAACACAGAACUGGUUUGAAUGUUGCCUAUUACAAGACUGAAAUAGGGCUUCUUAUUAAUGUAGUUUUUUAAAGCAAAUAAUUUUAGUAAAGUCAACUGUUCUUAAA